AAUGGCAAAGCACCGAUACAAGACCCGAAAUCCCUAAAAUCAGCCGUCAGCCCGCGACGGGGAGCACACUCAGUCUGAAUUAGCCCCUAUCACGCAGGAGAUGACGGAUCGUGUCUCCCCGCCCGCAGCUCACGCACGGACCGCGGCGCGCCGAGCAGCAGCAGCGUAAAGUCACGACAAAACUUCAGAAAUUCGCUUUCUCCACGCGCUCUCUUCAAUGUCACCAUGCGCAGCAUCGCAUCCUGCGGUGCAUUGCUGUCAGUCUACUACCCCCAGAUCUUCCUCAUCCUCACCAGCGGCAGCUACCUGGCUUUGUCUUCAGUCGUGGCUUUGGGUGCGAACAUCAUCUGCAACAAGAUUCCCGGCCUGGCCCCCCGACAGCGUGCCAUCUGCCAGAGCCGCCCAGAUGCCAUCAUCGUCAUUGGAGAGGGCGCUCAGCUGGGCAUCAACGAGUGCCAGUACCAGUUUCGCUACGGACGGUGGAACUGCUCUGCCCUUGGCGAGAGGACCGUCUUUGGGCAAGAGCUGAGAGUAGGUAGCAAGGAGGCCGCAUUUACCUACGCCAUCACGGCAGCAGGUGUUGCCCACUCUGUGACAGCAGCAUGUAGUCAGGGCAACCUGAGCCACUGCGGCUGUGACAGAGAAAAGCAGGGCUAUCACGACCAGGAGGAGGGCUGGAAAUGGGGAGGCUGUUCGGCAGACUUGAAAUAUGGAGUGGAGUUCUCCAAACGCUUCGUGGAUGCCAGAGAGAUUAAAAAAAAUGCAAGGAGACUAAUGAACCUGCACAAUAACGAAGCAGGAAGAAAGGUUCUAGAGGAAAGGAUGAAGCUUGAAUGUAAGUGUCAUGGCGUCUCCGGCUCAUGCACCACAAAAACCUGCUGGACGACUUUGCCGAAAUUUAGAGAGAUUGGCUACGUGCUUAAGGAGCGUUAUACCACUGCGGUGGAGGUGGAGGCUGUGAGAGCCACGCGUUUUCGUCAACCCUCCUUCUUGCGCCUCAAGCAGUCCCGUGGGUACAUGAAGCCCACUGACACAGACUUGGUUUACUUGGAGCGUUCACCCAAUUACUGCGAGGAAGACACUGCGACGGGGAGCACGGGAACGAGAGGGCGCCUGUGCAACCACACGUCUCCUCACACAGACGGCUGCAACCUGAUGUGCUGCGGCCGAGGCCACAACACCCAUCAGUACACACGUGUUUGGCAGUGCAACUGCAAGUUCCAGUGGUGCUGCUUCGUUAAGUGCAACACCUGCAGCGAAAAGACGGAGGUGUUCACCUGUAAAUGAGUUGAAAAGACAAGAAAGAAAGGAAAGAAGCCUAUGGAGAGAAACGGGAAGUGUUUGAAAGAAAGAUGGAAGUGUCGAACAUAUACACGGCUUCGUUUUGCACACCAGGCAGUCUUUAUGCGAGAAAGGCCAUUGCCGAGGGAGAUGGGGGUGAAUAAUGAAGAUCCUGGAACUUUAGAGGAAAAUGCACUGACUUCAGACCGACUGUUUUGGGAUUUCAUUCGAACAUGUGGACGCUACAAAUGCAGUGCAAGGCUUUCGUAGUUCUCAGAUGCUCGCAGACUUCAAUAAGAUCACCUGAGGCCUGUCCUGACUCAAAAAUCGGACAGUCUAAACUGCCCACAAAAGUGACUUUUUUUUUUGUUUUAAUUAAAGAAAGCUUAUUACAAGACAACUUGUAAAAGACAUGUAAAAUGUCCCACCAGUUGAAUCCCUAUGGGAGCUCAAGAGGAAAGACUUGCUGCAACUCUGGAAACGCUGGAAAGCUUAAAACGUUCGGUCACACUGUAUUGUAUCUGUUUGAACACUGAAAAAAAAUCCCUUUUUCCUUCUGUUUGGAGAAAAAGACUGAAAAUGUUCAUACUGUAGUUGUCUCAUAGUGGUAUACAGAGGUUUGAACUUCUAAUAUCAUUGCUACUGAUCUGUUGCUUUCAAAAUCCAACCCGAAACAAUACAGGACAUUGCUAAAAAGAGCUUCUUUAACCCUGCAUUUCUUUUGCAGUUGAUCGAUAUCGAUUUUUUUUAUGCGGAGAGAAGCUUCCUUAGUCAUACAGUAUCAAGACUUGGCUAUGUAUGCUCUAUUGUUUUGUCUUCAAAUUUGUGUGCGUCUAACCAUGUGUGGGAACAUAAGAGAGCUUUCGAAUACUUCAUAGAACUGCAAUGUGACCCACCACCAUUUGAGUGACCGACCAUUCCCACGAAUGCCAGAGACAUGGGAUUCCACAUCACUGGUCCGGCGUGCACAAGGUCUAGUUAUAUUCCGCCUGAACCAAUGGACCAUACAGCUAUGGAUCUGAAAAAUGGUUAAAAGGUCACUGGAAAAUAUUUUGAGUAGCAACAUUUUUUUUUUUUUAAUCUAAAUUGUUUAUACGAGUUAUAUGGCUGGCAAAUUUGUUAAAAUAUAUUUUUUUAUGUAGAGAAUAUGGCACUUUAUGUCAGGUAUGUUCAGAGUAAUUAUUAAUACUAUUUUCCUUGUCAUAUAUUUUAAUGUUUAAUUGGAGAUUUACAUUUUUUUUGUCCUGAUUUAAUUAUGUAAAAUGUUUUUUUUUUGUAUUAUUAUUAUUAUUAUGACUUUUAUUUUUCCUGAGCUCCCCAUAAUUGCCUUCUCAAGUUUGAUAUGAAACCAUCUCAUCUUUUUGUAGCCUGGUUGUAUUUAUACUUUUUUUUUUUUUUUUUGGAAGAGAUGUACAGUAAAAUCAAUAGAUUAAUAA